AUGGAAGUCAUCCAUGGUUCAGCAAAACAGAUGAAUGCAGGUACUACUCGAUCUCAGCUGGAUAUUGGUAUGGUUUCAAUACCCAUUUUACAACAAUUUGAUGAUGCUGCUAAAUCUGAGCAUAGUGAUAAUCAUAGUGAAUCAACUACUGAUCAUAAUGAUGCGAUUCCACCCAUAGUGAAUUCAGUUCAUAUUGAAAUAGAUGAUAUACAGGAUGAGAUUGAUUUCUGGAAUUCUGCUGUUGUUUGUUAUGUAGUGGGUGCAAACCCUCCUGUUCAUGUGAUGGAGGGAUAUUUUAGGAGAAUAUGGAGGAAUUUUAAAGUGGAUAAAGUGGUGAUGGUGAAGAAAGGAGUAUUUCUGGUGCGAUUUAUGACAAUGGAGGCAAGAGAUACAGUGUUAACUGGUCAUUACUUCUUUGAUAAGAAACCCCUAAUUGUUAGACCUUGGUAUGUGGAUAUGGACAUGGAAAAGGAAGAAGUACAGAUUGGCAAUCCAGUUAAGAGAGAUUCAGCCACUAUUACUAGGGACAAGCUACACUAUGCUAGAGUUAUGGUGGAAGUGCCAAUGAAUCAAAAACUACCCGAGUCUGUUUCUUUUGUGAAUGAGCAUGGCAUGAUAACUCAGGUGGAAUUGAGAUAUGAAUGGAGGCCAACACUCUGUGAGAAAUGUCAGUUGAUAGGGCAUACUGAAUCAGAAUGUAGACAGAACAAAGCUAAGAAACUGUGGGUGCAGAAACAGGUUCAACCUGUGCAUCAAGUAAGAUCUCAAGAGGUGGAAGUGGAUCAAGAGGGAUUUCAGAGGGCACUUAGACCAAUAAGAGUGAGAGUUUCUUCUGUGGAACCCACUCAGACUGCAAAUCCUUUCCAGUUACUUAAUGAUGAGCAACAGGAGCAAGAUUCUCCACAAUUGCAAGACAGUUCUGGUGAUCACAGAUGUAAGCAGAGUGAAGUGUGUAGAUUCAUUCAGCAGCAUGGAAUUGGAUUGGUUGGUCUCUUAGAGCACAAGGUAAAGUUGCCAAAUCUGGGUAAACUUUAUCAGAAGAUUUUCUCUGGUUGGUGUUUCACUAGCAACUCAAGCUUCCAUUCUGGAGGUAGAAUAAUUGUGGCUUGGAAUCCUGGAAGUUUCACUGUUAGCAUUUUGUCUGUUACAGCUCAGCAUAUUCACUGUCAUGUCACUCCUAUGAGUGGUAUGCCAACUUUCUUUUGCACUUUUGUGUAUGCUUUCAAUGAUAGUAAGCAGAGAGAGAGUUUAUGGAGUGAUUUGAGAGUUUUGAAUACUCAGGAUCCUUGGAUUCUUUGUGGAGAUUUUAACUGUGUGAUGAACAUAGAGGAGAGAAUUGGUUCUGCUGUUAGACAAUCUGAAAUUGCUGACAUUAAUGCCUGUAUGCACUGCUGUGGCAUGGAAGAUAUCAAAAGUAGUGGUCAUUUCUUUACUUGGAACAAUAAGCAGGAAGGAGCAAAUAGGGUCUUUUCUAAACUGGAUAGGGUUCUUGCUAACCCUAAAUGGUUUGAUUCUUAUUCUGCUGCUGAGGUGUGUUUUCUGAGUGAAGGUGCUUUUGAUCACUCACCUGGGUUGCUAACUGUUUAUCCUAAGAAUAAUGGGGGGAAGAAACCUUUUAAGUACUUCACUAUGUGGAAAAGUGCUCCAAAGUUUAGUGAGAUUGUUAAGACUCAAUGGGAUAGACCCAUUUCUGGAAGUAAGAUGUUUGUAGUGGUUUCUAAGUUGAAGAGAGUGAAGUUGGCUUUGAAAGAGCUUAAUAAGACUGGUUUUUCUGAUGUACAUGCUGCAGACUUGAAGGCCUAUCAUGACUUAUUAGCUGCUCAAGAAGCUAUGCAUCUUCAUCCUGCCGAUCAUUCACUUGCUAAUGAAGAGCUAGAUGCUAUUAAGACAUACAAAGAUAAACAUCAGGUUUAUUUGGAUUUUUUGAGGCAAAAAGCUAAAGUUGAGUGGAUCAAGAGUGGGGAUGAGAACACUGCUGUGUUUCACCAGAGUAUUAAAAGAAGAAAUUUGCAGAAUCAAGUGUAUAGUAUUCAUGAUAAGAAUGGAGUUUGGAGAGAUAAUCCUACUGAGGUUACUAGUGCUUUCUUGGAGUAUUAUGAAUGUUUAUUGGGUGGUAAUAGUACUCAAAAAGCUGAAGUUCUUUCUCAUAUAGUUCAAACAGGUCCACUGGUUACUGAUGCCCACAGAGCUAUUCUAAAUGCUCCUUACACUAGAGAAGAGGUGAAGAAUGCUUUAUGGUCUAUUCCAGGUGUGAAAGCACCAGGGCCAGAUGGAUUUGGAUCCUUCUUUUACAGAGAUGCUUGGCACAUAGUGGGGGAUGAUGUGAUUGCUGCUGUGUUAGAUGUUCUGCAGAGUGGCAAAUUGUUGAAGGAGCUGAAUCAUACUGUAUUGUGUGGGAGAAUGAGACAGAUCUUGCCUGAUCUUAUCCAGGAGAAUCAGGGUGGUUUUGUUCAUGGGAGUAUGGUAGGAAAUCAGUUAAGCCUAGCUGUUUAA